GCGAAGAAUUAUAUAUUGAGCCGAUACAUUUGAAUGCGGAUGUUCUACAAAUAAACGUGAAACCUUGUAUUUGAAUUAAGUUUUUGUUUUUGGUUGUGGGUGAUUUGGGUCACGCAAGAGACAGUAAUCUGUUUUAUUUAAGACAAAAAAAACAAGAACUAAGAGAUGUCAGACAGCAGCAGCUCAGUCGGUCUGCUGUCAUAUGAAACACUCGUGCAUGCUGUUGCAGGUGCUAUGGGCAGUGUUACAGCAAUGACUGUGUUUUUCCCUCUGGACACAGCCAGAAUCAGACUUCAAGUGGAUGAAAGCCGGAAGUCUAAGUCCACUCCCAUCAUUCUGGCUGAGAUAGCAAAGGAGGAGGGCAUAUCGUCUCUUUAUCGUGGCUGGUUCCCUGUGAUUUCCAGCCUGUGCUGCUCUAACUUUGUUUAUUUCUACACCUUUAACACCUUGAAGAAAGCGAUGGUCUCUGACAGAUCCAAACCUGGCAAAGAUCUGCUCAUGGGCUUCAUAUCAGGGGCCGUUAAUGUUCUCCUGACGACUCCCAUGUGGGUGGUCAACACGCGGCUGAAGCUUCAGGGUGCAAAGUUUAGGAACGAGGAUCUCCAUCAGACCCACUAUAAGGGCAUAUUUGAUGCCUUCUCCCAGAUUAUAGCCAACGAGGGGGUGGGAACUCUGUGGAACGGGACUCUGCCGUCUCUCGUGUUGGUCUUCAACCCCGCGGUUCAGUUCAUGUUUUACGAGGCUAUGAAACGGAAAGCAGGACGCGGAGGCAAAAAGAUAUCAUCACUUGAGAUCUUUCUCAUUGGUGCCAUUGCUAAAGCCAUUGCAACAACCGCAACAUAUCCACUGCAGACGGUUCAGGCUAUCUUGAGGUUUGGGCAGUAUAAAUCAGAUGGGAAAGGAGGUCUGCCGGGCAGCGUGAGGAAUGUGAUAUCUUUACUAAUGGACCGAAUCAAGAGACAUGGACUGUUAGGGUUAUAUAAAGGUUUAGAGGCGAAGCUUCUCCAGACAGUAUUGACGGCAGCUCUCAUGUUUGUGGUGUAUGAGAAGAUAACUUCUGCCACGUUCAAACUCAUGGGUCUCCAGAAAAAACUCAAGCAUUGAGAAACCGAGCCAUGUAAAGUAAUGAGAAACUAAAUACUACCUCUAUAACGCACAGCCUCAAUGAGGAGAGCUUAACAUAUCCCAUCAAUUACUACUUUGAUAUAACAUGGGUUCAUGUAGUAUGAUCCUAGUUAAACAAUAUUAGUUUACACUGAAGGUGUUUAUGAAUACAAACAUUUAAUUUUUAACAAAUGUUUUUCCUCUUUUAUGUUUUUAAGUUUCUGGCUGAAUGUGAAAUACAUUUUAAUAUCAUAGCUAGGGCUGUCACAAUUAUUAAAUUAUCCUCUCAUCGCGAUUGUUUGACCUCAUCGCCAUGAUUUUAGAUCACCGCAAUGAUUGCACAUCUCUCUGAAAAACACAAGGGGGAGCUGUAGCAUCUGUAUGAACGAGACCGUAUCUAAUGGCUGUCUUCAUGUAUUAAAGCCAUUUAACUCAUUCACCGCCAGCCUUUUUGAGAAAAGUUGCCCACCUGCAUUUUUGUGAUUUUAACAAUAUUUUCACAAAAUUCCUUGCAGGAAAAAUUAUUUUCUAUAAAUAUAUAAACAUACAAAUUAUAUCAAAUUAAAGAACACACCCUCUGCUUUCAAACAAACAAUAAACAAACAAACAAAAUGGGGAAAAAACGUUUCAUUAUAUAUUUACUUUUUCUACUUAAUUUAACCACUGAAAUAUGGAUAUUUCUCUUCAAAAAUACAACAUUUUGAGCAAAAAGCUUAAAAAAUUGCGUUUUUGUAAAUGAAUUUAUGUUAGAGAUCAGACUCAGAAUGACUAUCAAACAUAAAGGCAGUUAAAAUAAAUCAUUAAAUCUUUUUAACUUCCGUUUUUGAUGCAUUCGGUUUGGCGCCAUCUGGUGGAUAAAAGCGGUAUUACACUUUCACUUUGAAAUUCGUCCAGAAAGGCAUAUUUAUUAGUUAAAUAUGAACUCAUAAAUGACGAGAUAACUCGUCAAUGGCGGUGAAUGAGUUAAUACAGUGAAAAAACAGCAUUUAAAGAAAUGCUGCAAAACUUUGAUAAGCAGUAUGAAUUGCAAGGUGAAACAUACAUUUCCAAAACAGCAAUUCCAAAGUUAGAUGCUAUUCUUAAGGAUUUGCAAGGAAUCGAUUUUUUUGCAGCCACUACAGACAUGUGGUUCAGUACUAAUAUGACCUUACUAGGAUUGGCUACUAUUUAAGGCCUGUUCUGCUAUAGUCAGUUUAUUUUGAUAUUCUGAUAUUUUUCAGACACUUUAUUGUGUUUAUUUCUUAUGAAGAAUUUUCAGUUUUUGAAAGAUUUAUUCAUUAAAUAAUUACUUUUUAAAUAUGUUUUAUAUUAUAUUUACUCCCUGGUAAAUCUUGCAAAAAAAAUAAUCACAACAAUGUGUAAAAAAAUUCAUGAACAAAAAAUCUAUGAGAAUUAAACGUCAAAGCCCUAAAACAGGCAAUUAAUCGUCAUAAUCGACCAAUUUUAUUAGACAAUGAACUGUCAGACAAAUUACAUAAUCGUGACAGCCCUUGGCAAUUUUAGUUCAAAGCAAAUUAAUAUUAAGUGUAGGGUUUGGUAAAUGUAAGGGGUUCACCUAAAAAUAAUAUUUAUGUGUUUUUUCCACACCAUGGAAACAUUUAGGUUCUUGCCGAUAAUUGCAAAGUAGGAUGAGUGAUAUAAAACUUGUAAAGGAAAUAUGCACUGCAAAAAAAAAGACUUUCUUACUUAGUAAAUUAAGAUGCUUUUUAUAAUGAGCAAACUGACCCAAGAAAAAACUAGUUUUUAGACAAAAAAACGAUUAAAUGAAUUUGUCAUUAAAACAAGCUAAAUUUGUGACUUUUUUCUUAUUUCAAGUUUUGUUCUUACCCCAUUGGCAGAUUUUUUUGCUUGUUUAAAACACAAAUUCACUUAAAUAUAAUUUUUCUUUUUUUCUAAAAACCAGAUUUAUUGAUUUAAAAAAAAGAUUUGUACUGAAAACAAGUCAAAAAUACGGAAAAAAUUGUGUAUUUUGCCAUGUGUUUGUCCUUUACGCUCAGUUGUUUACUCUGCUGUUCAAGCCAGUUUGCAAUAAAAUGUUACACUUUACAGUUUCUAUACAUUUGAUUUAUUUGUUUAAUUACAUUUGUACAAAAGCAUUGUUAUUUAGCAUACAUGAGAGGCAUUUCAAAAACAACAGGGCUCAGAAAUAAAAUCCAAGAGUAUUUACUUACCAUGCUUGCCUUAAAUCU